AGUACAUCGAGCAGGGUACAUCGACGUUCGUCAACAAGAAAUGGCGUUUAUGCAAAGACUGCAAGGACUGUCCAGAUCGAUGCUCCACGCUCUUGGUUCAAAUUGCGUUAAGUUCAAGGCUAAUCGGCAAUCCCUCGCAAAAAUUACUUCCACCACGCAGCCACUCUUCGAGAAGAAAGAAAUCAGUAUAACAUUUGUUAGGGCUAAUGGAGAGAGAAUAACAGCAAAAGGCAAAGAGGGAGAUAGUAUCUUAGAUAUUGUUGUGAAUAAUGAAGUUGAUUUAGAUGGCUACGGUGCAUGUGAAGGAACAUUGACAUGUAGUACAUGUCAUUUAAUUCUCCCCAAAAAAGUUUACGAUACUCUUCCAAAUAAGCCUUCGGAAGAGGAGUUGGAUAUGUUGGACUUGGCAUAUGAACCAACUGACACAUCGAGAUUGGGAUGCCAGAUAAUAAUGACUAAGGAACUGGAUGGUCUCGAAGUGCAAGUACCGGCUACCAUUAACGACGCUAGGACAUAACGAACAAGUAUACUGUUAGUUCUAUAAGGUAUCUAAUUGUCAAAUAUGGCUGAUCUACUCCAGCUUUCAAAUCAGCUCCGUAUUUAGUAAAAUUCAGUUACACAUACAUAGAAAAAAAUCUCCGAUAACGUAAUUGCAUCGGUCAUAGCAUAGCUAACAACACUAUGCAUAGAACGAUAAGUAAGGACAAAGCCUCUUUGGGCUUUUAUUGUUUAUAUUUUUUGUUAAAAUCUAUACAUUGUACAAAAUUGUAUAAAAAAUAUUGUAUACUAUAUAGAAACAUGUUUAUCCACAAAGUAUGACUGAAGUUUAAUAAGAGUUUUUUAAUGCAAAAAAAAUAAAUUUUUCAUUCGUGA